CGUUUAGUCUUCCGGAUGUGAUUGUGAGCUGCUUGUGUCUUUCUUUUUCCCAAUGCAGUUAAGCGAAAACCACGCCCCGUUAUUCAGAGGAGCGUUCGACAUUGCGCUUACAAAGUGCGUAUAAAAAGGGGUGAAGCGCUCCAGAACGUUAUUGCGCUGCCAGCAACCAAUGCGAAUGUAAUUCCGCGCGAGCUGGAAUUCUAAACUUAUUGCGGGGGGUGAACUCCUGAGAAGCGGAUGAAGAAACACGUUUUGCUUCUUUUUACAUUCAGAGGACUUGUAAGAAAAGGAAAAAAGAGUAAAAGAAGAAAAUGGCCAACUUCAUAUUACGGAAAGCUGAGCCCAAGGACGUGUCAGACAUUUUGCGACUCAUAAAGGUAAAAUGAAAUUCCAUUCCCUGUGUUUAAGGAUUUGUGUAUAAAUGUCUAGUCUUUCUCAAAUCACUGUUAAACGUUUUUGUUUUUUUCAUGAACAAGAAAAUUAUCAAAUAGCCUCGGCAUAUUUCUCAAUAUUAUUGUAUGGAACACCGUUUGGGUCUUUGCGUGUCAAAAAAGAUACACGUCAAAUUACACUAUUUGACGUGUCAAAUAACACGAUUUGACUCGUCAAAUAAGCUUUUAAUUUGACACGUCAAAUAGUACAAUUAUAUUAUAGAAUGUCGUGUGUGCUGAAUUUGCAUGUGCAAGCCAAGCACCACCACUACGAUCAGUAGCACUGUCAAAACUGUACCAAAAAAAAAGUAUGCAAACAAGCACACACCGGCCACCAAAGAUGUGUUUACAAUAGCGCGUCGGUAAUAAUGCAUUAUUUGUUCGACCGAAUGGGAAAACGUCUGUGUGAGCAUUUGAAAGAAGGUCCGGAUCAAAAUAUUUUGCAAAUAUCUUUGAUACAGAUGUUAUUAGCAGCUUCUGGGGUAGCUAACUAUCUUUAGCUUGGUAACGUUACCUAGCUAGCACCAAUACAACUGACCAAUGACCAAUAGAAAACAAUGACCAAUAGAAACUGCAGUCAUUUUCAAUAUUCUUAGCAAUGAUUUAGGAAUCCACGUGAGUGAAAAUAACUAGCUAGCCAGCCACUUUAACCCUGUUGCCCAAAGCUAACGUUAUAAGCAGCCAGUAAACUUCAUCUGGCUGGUGAGGCUUGACAGGACCGGGUUAUGUGUUGUGAAAAUAGCCACAAUAAGGAUUAGCCACAAUAGUGGAAUUGUCGGUUUGCCUUCAAAGUACCUCUGUGACGCAGAAAGUUACAAUUGGUGAAAUCAUGCAAUAUUUAGACUAGAUAAUGUUAAACAAGGUUGGAAUGUGGAGCAAUGAAAUGGGGUGUCAGUCUAUUCGGUGACACCCACAGAACACAACUGUGAAGAGUUUACGCAAAUAUUAGCGUUGUAGCGGGACAGUGACUGUGAAAUCACCUCCCCAGUCAGCCUGUUGUGCGUAUUGACAUUCAUAUUGCACUGUACAGCCUUACCUAAGGAUUGGGGAUCAAUUAAAUGGGGUGUCAGUCUACUCAGUACCAAUAGCUUUUUUCCCAACGUCCUCCUCAGAGUUAUCAGAGCCCAAAGCAUCCAGGUUGUAUUGUUUUUCCUCUGGAAUAGUGUUCAAUACACAUACUCGGGUGACUGGUACAAUAAAUGUGGCUCAAUCCAGUGGUUUCAGUCCCGCAAUAAGAGCAACGACGCUAAUGUUCUCUGGGUGUCACUGAGUAGACUGAUACCCCAUGUCAUUGGGGUGAAUAAAUAUGCCCUCAAUGCUAUUUUAAAGUCUAAUACAUCCAGUGUGAUUAACAGAUUUUUGUCAAAUUAACAAAUUAUUUUAUGUAUUUGUAUUCAUUUGCAUCACUGUCAAUGACAUACUAUUAUUUUGAAGGCUAACCGCAAAUUCCACUAUUGUGGUUAGCUUCACAUAGGUGGGUCCGAUCACCAUUAUUCAAAUAAGAACAGUUGUAUAAAUUAGGGUUAUUUUAGAUGAUGACACCUAGCUAGGUAGUUAGCUAGCUAACUAUAGCUACUGAAACAGAUUAUCUCGUUUUGCUAUGUUUUGGGGGAAGAACAUUGUUUGCAUCCAUCAGCUAACGUUAGCCUGCUUUAUUUAUGACCAGCCCUGUCCACAGCUUGGGGAAGGGCAGGUGCGUGAGACAAAACUUUACCAGCAUAAUAGCAUACUUAUCGCUGAGUCGUUGUGACAUAUGUAACUUGAGUGAUAGUGUAAUCAAUGUGUAACAACUACGUAAAAAAAUUGUGAACGUGUUAAAUUGUAAUGUGACGUGCAGUCAUAUUCAGGUCCUGAAUGGUCAACAAGCUUAUUUGACACGUCAAAUAGUGGUAUUUGACGUGUAUCUUUUUUGACAAGCAAAGACCCAAACGGCGUUCCAUAUUAUUGUGACAUAUUUGACUAACAAUAAUACUUUUAUGAACUAUAAUGAUUAUAUUUUUUUUUCAGGAACUUGCGAAAUUUGAAGAAAUGGAGGAGCAGGUCAUCUUGACAGAGAAAGGUAGUCUACUUUUAGGCCCGUGUGUGGGUGAUGGCCAAUUAUUGUGAACAUAUGAAAUGUUUAUCCAAAUGUCCAAACAAAUCCGUAGUCUCUUCAUAAUUGUCCUCGUUAUUUACUUUCAGAACUACUCGAGGACGGCUUUGGGGAUCAUCCGUUCUACCAUUGCGUCGUCGCGGAAGUCCCUGAGGAUCAUCAGAGCUCAGAUGGUAAAUUAUGUUGUAACUCAGUUUCCUCUCUCUCUCUCUCGCUCACACACAAACACAACUUUCAAUGACAGUUUGUAAGGAAAUAGUGCAAUGGUUAAAUUAUUAAAGGGAAAAUCCACUCAAACUCUUAUUUUUUGUUUUGUUGCAUUAGUCCAAUGUUUAUAUAGUCCCAAAAAGUUUUGCAUGUCAGCAGGCAAGUUUUCAAGAUAUUGGACUUUCAAGAAGCAAAGUGUCAGGUGCCACAUCAUCAGGAUGAUGCAAAAUGCGUUUGAGUGGCGUUUCCCUUUUAAAAAUUCCAAACUUAAAAUGUGCAGUGUUGGUGUGCAUAACUCGAAGUCCAGUUCCAACACCGGCAACCUUGCAGUGCAUGAUGCAUCUCAAGGACCAACCUGACCAAGCAUUUACUUGGAUAUGAAUCAUGAUGUGGUUUGUAAUGUCAACCUAUCAAUUCUCUGAAAUACCUCAUAGUAAUAUCAUAACUAGGCCCCAUAGAUUUUCCUGACUGAACAUGUGACCUGACAAGGAAAAUCGCCUUUAUCAUAAUAACACAAGAUCAUACAUAAUAAGCCCAGUGGGAUUUAGCAUCAAAUCCUAGUAGUAUAGUAGUUUUACACAAAUACUUCCCUGCCGGCUUUGAUGUGGAUUUUUUCACUGUUUUAGGAUACACUGUCAUUGGGUUUGCCAUGUACUACUUCACCUAUGACCCCUGGAUUGGAAAGCUGCUCUACCUAGAGGACUUCUAUGUGAUGAAGGAGUUCAGGGGUAAGUAUUGUCUACUCUGAGUCUUGUCCUAACAUAUGCUGUGUUAUUUACAUUGAAGGCAAGGCAACUGAAUCAGUGUCCAUAGAUCCAGGGCUUAAACAUCAAUCUAAUGUUUGAUCCUGUUUUCUCUCAGGUUCUGGUAUUGGGUCAGAUAUCCUGAAGCAUCUGAGUGAGGUAAGUCUACUUUUUUGCAAUCAAUUUACUGGAAGGACAUUUGCUUUUCCAAACAUGGAAAAGUCCAGCCUAUGGAACAGUCCAUCAGGCUAUAUGAUAACCCUGUCCUGUCUAACUUUGUCCCCCCUUCAACAGACGGCAGUUAAGACUCGCUGCAGUAGCAUGCACUUCAUCGUAGCAGAGUGGAACAAGCCGUCCAUAGAGUUCUACAAGCGCCGUGGAGCCUCAGACCUGUCUGAUGAGGAGGGCUGGCGACUCUAUGCGAUUGAGAAGGAUGACCUGCUUAAGAUUUCUACCAAGAAGCGCUAAAUUCAGCAAAUGACCACUGAUUACUGACUGCAAAGCCUUCCCCUUUGUUUGUUGAUUCCAUUGUCAAUGUUAUUUAAAAAAAAAUUUAUAUCAAUAAAUACAAAAACAGAUUUAAA